CCAAGCUUCAUUAAUUUUUGUUUCUUUGUAUUAAAUAAACAUUAAUUGGAUUCGGUUUCCCAUAUACCGUUACUGUCGUUCCGAUGACAUGGAUUUCCACAAGAAACGCGUCCGGUUGCUGGCAUUUGUCGCCUUCAUCAUUGUUCUUAGCAUGGCAGCUGAGAAAUGCAGGAAGCUUGUUCCGGAUCAUGCAACAUCCAAGAGUGGAAAGUUUACAGUGUGGAAUUGCUUGGACAUGGGAUACGGAAGUCUAGCAUGCGGUGUUAAGGAAAGUACGAAGCUGUAUUUCCACAACUUAAGAGCUGCACAUAUUGAGAAAGCCAAGAACCAAGCAAUGAAAUCUGCUCUGACUGAUGCAAAGUCACAGGGCAUGGCACAGUCAUUAGCAGAGAAGCAUGCUGAGAAAGAAGGUGCAAAGGCGGCGAAGUUGGCUUCGCACAAGGCUCAGCGCGUGAUAGGUCCCAUGAUAUCUUCUGGAUGGGACUUCUUUGAGGCAGUGUACUAUGGUGGGAGUGAUGCAGAGGGUGCAAUCAGGGGAAGCGGCACUUUGUUUGGUUCAUAUCUUGGUGGCUUCUUUGGGGAACAAAGGCUUGGCAGACUUGGUUUUCUAGUGGGUAGCCAAAUGGGAAGUUGGUUUGGUGGUAGAAUUGGCCUAAUGCUCUAUGAUAUUCUUAAUGCAAUCCAUUUCUUGAUCAAUCUUAGGAACUGAAACUUUCAUCUUUUAAACAAUUAGU